AUGGUGUUAAUGGAACAUACUUUCAUAAAGAUGAUGCUCCCCAUGCUGCUGAGGUUGUUGGAGAUUCUGAUGAUGAAGAAAUGUCUGUUGUAGAUAUUCGUGUCACCGGAACUUCAUCUGGUGCUCAUGCUUAUCCCUGCAGACCCCAAAUCUUGCCUGGACUCCUAAUAAAGCCACUA